AUGCAAUCAUUAUCUCGCAAAUUCCACCAGUUUAGUGAAUGUCCCAAUCUUGCCAACGAAGGCAUGGGGAGGCAUGGUAAGUUCGAUGAUGACCAUGGUGAAGACGGUGAGAAGGACAAUGAUGAAAAAAAUGGUGGUGCGGGGCGAGCAGUGGCACUCGGAGUAACAGCAGAUCGUUGUGCUUUCUAUAAUUGCGAGUACUGCACUCUUGGAACAUUGUCACAUCCAUUGCAAGUCCACAGGGUUUAUAAUCGCACAGAGCAGAAACUCUCCACAGGAAAAAGCUGGUUAUGUAUUCCCGAGGUAAUGGGGGAACUUCAUAUGCAUAUCCGGGAAGACCAUGGAGACCUUUUGCAAGAGUGGUUUUUGCAUUCACUUUCAUGGAUCAAUGUAUAA